AUUGUUAAAUGUUAAAAAGUCAAAGAAAAAGUUUGACUUUUUUCAUGCUCAUAUAAAAAUAAAUUAAAAAAGCAAUUUUUUUUGUUCUGAGAAUCACAAAAAAGUAUCAAACUUUGACAAACGAUUGAGCGAAGAGAUGGAUAGACUGAGAGAUUGUAUAGAGGAAAUGGUGAAGUUCACACUCACUCACCCUUCAGAUUUCGAUCUAGAGCUUACCGGAGAUUUCUGCUCCGGUCUUCUCUCCGGCGACUCGCUUCUUCACGCCGGAGAUGAUACUGCUGAAGAAGCACUUGCAGGUGUUCCUGAGUGUCCUCUGUACAAGCGUCUUGCUUCGAGCCUGCUGAAAUCGAUUGCUUCUGGUUGUUUCUGUGGAGGUUUUGAGAAGGUUUCGUUGGGGAAGGAGGUUAUUGGUUUGAGGGAGAAGGAGGAUGAGUGGAGGAAGCUCAUAAUCCAAAAGGGUUCUGAGUUAGUCAACGCCUUGAAGUAUGUAGCUUGUGAGCUUCAAGUUCAAGAGCCCUUAUUCUCCCUCAUGAAAGAUGGCAUCAAAACAGUUGAGGCUAGGUGUUUUGAAACAGAGUUUGAUGGACUUCAACAGAGAGGCUCUCUGGUUAUGAUAAAUAAAUCUCUCAUGUUUGAAGUUAUGGAAAUGCACAAAUAUUCAUCUUUUUACGAGCUGUUAAAAGCCGAGAGUCCAGAGAAAGUCUUUCCUGGCACUAAAACAGUGGAAGAAGGUAUGCAAAUGUUCAAGAAAUGGUGUGACGUUGAUGAUCAAGAGAAGAACAAUGGUGUUGUGGCGAUCCAUCUUAGUAAAUCAGUUUCUUCUAAGCCUUGUGUAGCUUUGUCUCACAUACUCUCUGGCUUGAGUUACACCGGUGUGCAAAGCCUUCUUGGUCUUGCUCACACCGUUGGAUCCAUUUCUCAUGCUCUGCCUCCUCCAAGACCGGUUCUACUCUCUUCCUUUAUGCUUCCAUAUAAACCAAUGAUAAAAGGAUGUAGAUUGAGCCAUGGAGCUAGAGCGUUAUCCAAGCAUGUUGAUCGAAGCAGCGAUAGGUUCUGGGGUGUUCUUUCUGGAUCCGAUUCAGAUAAGAAUAGGCUUGCGAUGGACACUAUCAAUAGCUUCAUUUGGCACUGUUGCUGGAUGAACGUACACAUCGUUCCACCACACGGAGAAGUUUUUGAGAUAAGAGUAGUUCAAGGAUAUGGAGCACGUUGGUCUCGAGAUGGAACCAGAUUCGUUGGAUUUCUUGAGCCUUACACUGAGGAUGGCCACUCCAUGGCUUGGAAGCAUUAGGCACUCACCACAAAAGAAAAA